GAUCAUGGGUUCUUCUUCUAGAAAUUUGUAUGCAGGAAUAGGUGAAGGGCAAUCAACCACACGGCCACCUCUUUUUGAUGGAACCAAUUAUACAUAUUGGAAAGAAUGAAUGAGAAUCUAUAUUCGUUCCACGAACUUCCAAUUAUGGUUGGUUAUCAAAAACGGGGAAGAGGUACCAAUGAAGAAAGUCAGAGACAAGUUGAUCCCCAAGACCGAAGACGAGUUUGAUGCCGAGGACAUCAAAAAGGUCGAGAAUUAUGCAAAAGCAAUAAACAUGCUUUAUUGUGCCGUAAAUCCUGAUGACUACCGCAAGAUCUCUUGUUGCUCAACCGCCAAAGAGAUGUGGGAUAAACUUGAGGUGACGUACGAAGGAACGGACCAAGUACGUGAAGCCAAGAUUGACUUCCUCCCCCAAGAAUAUGAGAUGUUCAGGAUGAAGGAGCACGAGAAUAUCGAUGAUAUGUUCGACCGUUUUUCCAAGAUAGUCAACGUUCUUCAUGCAUUAAAGAAGACUUACACCGACAGGGAUCUUGUGCGAAAGAUCCUACGGAACUUGACAUCCGAAUGGCGAUCCAAGGCCGAUGCCAUGUAUGAGUCAAUCGGCACAUCAACUAUCACCAUCGACGGUUUAAGAGGUAAUUUAAAAACUUAUGAAUCUACUAUACUUAACCCAUCUUUGAAUGACCAGAGAAAAGGCAUAGCAUUAAAAGCCUCCAAAGAACCGACAAUGAAUAACUCAAGCGACGAAGAUGAAGUCAAGCUAAUCAUGAAGAAGUUUUGCAAACUUCUAAAGAAAGAGAAGGUUGAGGAUGGCCCUGUGUGCUAUGGAUAUGGUGAAGCCGGGCACAUCAAGAACAAAUGCCCGAAAAGCGGAAGGAAUGCUCGGCACUUCAAAAGGCAAAGGGCAUAUAUCUCUUGGGGUGGCGACUCUGGAGACGAGUCAACCGAUCAAGACGAGGAUGAAACUUCCAACCUCUGUCUCAUCGCGCACGAAGACCAAACCGACGAUGUACAAGAG